UGGAGAGAAGCUGAGGUCCCACGCUCCAGCCCGAGGCUGCGGGCGCUGCGACGUGGACAUGUCGGCGUCGUUGGUCCGCGCCACCGUGCGGGCCGUGAGCAAGAGAAAACUGCAACCCACGCGGGCGGCGCUCACGCUGACCCCCUCUGCUGUGAACAAGAUAAAACAACUUCUUAAAGACAAGCCUGAGCAUGUGGGUCUGAAAGUGGGUGUGCGGACCAGGGGCUGUAACGGCCUCUCUUACAGCCUGGAGUAUACAAAGACAAAAGGAGAUGCUGAUGAAGAAGUUAUUCAAGACGGAGUCCGAGUGUUCAUCGAGAAGAAAGCCCAGCUAACCCUGUUAGGCACAGAGAUGGACUAUGUGGAAGACAAACUGUCCAGUGAGUUUGUGUUCAACAACCCCAACAUCAAGGGAACCUGUGGCUGCGGUGAAAGCUUUAACGUCUGAAAGCUGAGGACUGCAAACUCCAGGAGAGCUGGGUCUGCCUUGGAGCACACCGAAGAAAUCAUGUGAUGUCCCGUGUCGGAAGUUAGUGUGUGGCUGCCUCGUGGUUGAGAAUAAAGUGAAGCAUUGAAAAUCAAGCCAGCGUGUUAGAGUUCCAAAAACAUGGUGUCUGUUCUCUGUAAGACACAAAUGGAGAGAACAUGGUGUCUGUUCUCUGGAGGACACAAACUGAGAAACUGUUGAGUCCUCUGUCCUGUACAGAAAACUCCUACCCUGCCCUUACGCUGUAGCCUGCUCUGUGCUAGAACCAGCUUCGUGACCAUUGCUUUGCUGGGAAUUGAGGAAUGGGAUAACGGGUGUGCACCUGGGUCACAGAAUGGCUUGAGACUGUCUCCUGGCCCUGUCUCACCUCAGGCAGGGCAGCUGUGGGAGCAGCAGCUGUGGGAGCGGUGAGGGGACCUGGUUUCCCUCACCUGUGGCGUGGCCCGUUGCAUCUUUACCACGUGCCUGUUGUCAGAUACCUCAUUUGCCAGCCUCCAGCAAGCUCAGCUCUGAGUGCCAGUCUCAGGAGGUAGGGAUCACGGGCCUGGUGUCAGUCUGUCCUCUGGGGCGUGCUUCAUGCGGUUUGCUUAGACCUUUCAGUUAGAAGCGCUUGUGAUGAGCAGCCAGGUAGACCUGCUGAGAGCGUGGUUCUCAGAGCUUCUGCCCAGCCCUCCUCACAGGUCACAGCAGACAGUGCUGUCUGAGACACUCGGUGAGGAGACAUCCUGCCUGGCCAGUGCUCUUACCAGUUUAGAGACUGCAUUAGUUUUCUCUUGAAUGGAAGCCUUGUGUAAACCCUUUUGUCUGAAUGGCCAUCCUGUUUAGAGCUUUGAACCAGUAGUGUCUUCCUUCAGAAGAUCUGCAGCAGAGGGGUCCCUCUCAGCACGGCACCUGGGGGGCAGAACAUGCACACACUUACAGUUGCCAGGGUGCAGAUGCUCCCUGCUUCCCAGAGGAAGCUUCUAAGUUUCUUUAAUGUGGUCAUCACCAGUUUUUUGAGCCAUGGUUUUGCUGUAUACUACAGGCCAGCCUUGAACCCACAACAAUCCUCCUGCUUCCACGUUCAGAGGCAUGUGCUACCACACCUGACCUGGAUCCCAAGUUUCUCUUUAAGUGGUCUUGAUGGACUUGGGUCGGACAUCUUAGUGACCUGUGAAUUCUUCUGUGGAGGCUGAGUCUCACGUAGCCGAGUUUAAUAUCUGUGCUAUUUACUAAAGUAUCUGCCACCAAAUUGUACCAACUCAUAGUUUUAUAUGAAUGUUGAUGAGUCUGUAUCAUAAAUAGAAUUGUUGAUACAUCCUUAAUUUGUGCAAUAUUGUAUGAAGAAGAUUGUUAUCAAUUAAAACCACGCCUCUUUAUGAUCCUAA